AAUCGCGAAACCGAAAGCAGAAUAGUCGCCACCCGACAGUCGUUCUAGUAAUCUCGUUUGACAAUUGACAUUUAUGAUGCAUAAAAAUGAAAAGUUUUCAAAGUUAGUUUAAUGUUAAAAACUUAAAAAAAUUGUAUAGUGUAAAAAUGAAUUACAAAAUUAUAUUAAUUUGUUUAUUAGUUGGAGUUCUUUUGAUUAAGGAUAUAAAUUGUUUACAUAAACGUUGUAUGAAAUGUAGAUCAAGGGGCGAGCUAGGUACUUGUGGAGAUCCUUUUCCAUUUAAUGCCACAGAGCCAGAGGUGGAGGCAGGAAUUCAUGUGGUUGCUUGCCCUUCAGGGUGGUGUGGAAAAAUGAUAGAAGGGACAACUGGAGCCUUCAGAACUGAUGAUUAUGGAGCAGCAACCCAACGAAUGUGUCUUCAAAGAUCACCCAGUGAUGAUGAAGAGAGAUGUGCCUACACAAUGUGGAAUUAUAGGAAAGUAUAUAUGUGUUUUUGUAAUGGUGAUCUCUGCAAUUCAGCUUUUAAAAUAUCGACGCCACCACUUUUCUUAUACUCCAUUUUAGUUUUUGUCAAGUUUUUAUUUUAACAAGAUUAUAAUUUAAUUUUAUAUUCUGACAUAACAAUACAAAUUUUUUCUUGUUUCUUAAAAUCUUAAAUCAUGUUUUGAGGCAGGCCUUUAGUCAUUUGACUAUUUUGUCCAAGUGUCUUAUAAUUGUUUAUUUGGUGUUCUUUAAAUGCAGUGCUCACGUCUCCUAUAUAUUCCUCAUUUAUUUUUUCUUGAUUUUACUUGUGUGUCAUCCAAUUAGCUUGUAGACAUUAUCUUCAUCAUAUACACUCUGCUGUAAGAUCAACGAUCUUACUGCUCUGUUCGCUAUCACUGUGUUGUUUGAUCUCGCUGUUAAUGCCUCAGGAACUCAUGGAUGACAUUUGUGACAUCGGGAGACAAAUCAAUUGGUUACCUUCAUUUACUCUUAAUUUCCAUGGUCAUGUUAUGUAAACAUAGGAUCUGUUCAUACUAAUGUAUAAGUAUUUUUAAUAUAUAAAUAAUUUUAAGAUCUGUAUAUCUGUAUAUCCUUUGAUUUGUGUAUUAACACUUGUGAUAUUACAGAAUUUCUGUAUUUUUUAAUUGCUUACAGUGUUCUAAAAUCAGUGCUCAUGAUUGCAACAUGUCUCUUAUCACGUACCAGUUGUGGAUGGAUGUCAAGAUUGUUAACAGUAACAAUAGAUAUAUAGAUUAAAAAAAAGACAUAUUUUAGACAAAUUGUAUUCAUACAUAGUAUUAUGUACAUUAUUCUAAGAAUCUUAAACUCAGAGAGUAAUAGCAAUUUAUUCCGUCCUAUUUAUGUGAUUUUUUUUAGCAUAAUUAAAUAUAUUAAUGUACACAAGGUUUUAAGUAUUGUAGUGUAUAAUUACUUAUUUAGAUUGUAAUGUUGUAAGAAUGUUGACUUCUUAAAUGAUGUUAUGUACUUAUGAUCUUAUCGUUCUUGGAUCUAAUAAUCUCUUGAGUCAAAUAAAUGCUCAAAUGGAAUAAAAUUAAAAUAACAUAAAAUACGAUAUCUUUUUAUAUAUUUUUAUAAAUGUAAUUACAUACGUAUUAGAUAUAAGAAUGAGUAUAUU